AUGGGAUCUGGAGCCUCCUGGGACACCGCCAGCGCUCCUCCAAUUGAGCAGUUCGUGAAAAGGAGAAAACUUCAUGAAGUUGCACGAAACUGGUGGUGGGAGAUUUGUGCCAUCGUUGUCAGCUUGGUAGCAACAGGAGUCAUCUUUAUAAUACUGCUCAAGACAAACGGUCAGCCGCUCAGCGCAUGGCACCUACCCAUCCAACUCAACUCCUUCAUUGCACUCUGCUCGACAAUCGCAAAGUCCGCGCUUCUCGUCGUCCUCGCCGAAGGAAUAAGUCAGUUGAAAUGGAAUCAUUUCGAGCGGACUGGCGGAGCUAGGUUGGGCCAGCUUCAGGUAUUCGAUGAUGCGAGUCGAGGGCCGUGGGGCUCGCUCGUGUUUCCGUGGAAGAUGUUGAAAGCUGGGGUUGAUAAGUUGGCUUUGUUGGGCGCAGCGCUGACGGUGCUCAUCAUUGUCUUUGAGCCUUUCACGCAGCAGAUCAUAGACAUCCGAUCGAGGAGUUUACCGCUGAGAAAUGAAACGGGAUUUAUGAGGGUAGCGAACAGUUUUGCUUUGGCGACGAUUGAAUUCAGCGAUACCAAAGCGUCUCAGCUUGUCCUCAUGAAAGAGCUCAUGCAAUUCCUGCCAAAUCUAACAGGGCAGUAUGAUCAUUACACGUACUGCCCAACUGGCGAAUGUGGGAUUCCAGACCAUUGGUCUUUGGCCGCAUGCAGCAAAUGCCAGGAAACAGUUUUGAACGAUGUUGAUUUAAACAUACGAUAUGGAUCCGGAAAGGAGGAGAAAAUCGAAUUCUCGAGUCUGAGCGAAUUCAAAGCUGCGGCAAAGGCUAAUGGUGAGGAUUGGUAUCGCUACUAUGCAUACGCAAAGAGUCUGAAUGAUUCAACCAUAACCGGCCGACUCGAUAUCAACGGCACCGUGAUAUCUGUGUAUAAAGAAUUGAACGAUAUAUUUCGGGCACUCGGAUCGGUAAAUAUCUUCUGGAUUGACGAACCCUUCAACGUCGGUAGCUGGGGAGAAGGCCGAAGCAAUCCGCACUAUGUCCCAGUCAAUUACUACACCUCCGAUGUAAUAGUUUCGGUGCAUGAGUCACGGCUGCAUUCCAAGUUUCCAGCUUAUGAGGACCUCGACGAUUGGCAUGGCAUAGAGGUAUUGACGCGGAAGUGUGACGUCACAUUCUGUGGUCAAUACAGCAGUAAUAUCAAAAUCGACCGUGGGGGGUUAUCUCUAGAUGAUACGACUACCAAACCUCUCAAUUUGAGCGUCAAUUGUGGUUCGGGCAGUAAAUUUGGCUGCCAUAGUGACGCCAAUUUCUUUGGGGUAGACCAAUAUCCACCUCUGUUCCAACUACAUUCUGAGUCGCGAAAGGUAUUCGGAGACUCACUCGCCGGCGUUGCAAAUAGCCUCCUAGGCAUGGAGAUGGCGUCCGAAUAUUUGAUCAACACGACAGCAGCGGACUUUUCCGGAACUUUGACCAAGAUUGUCAACUCCUUCCUGCGUAGCGAACAAAACUUCGCUUCGAUCAAGCUGUCAGGUGUGGCCUUCGGUCCAGAGCCGUACGUACAUGUACGGUGGCGGUGGGCAAUAUUCCCAUGUGCCGUGACAUUUGCUACAGUGCUCUUUCUCGUGUUCACUAUGUCAGAAUCGAGCACUGCACAGCAAAUGUAUAAGUCAUCAGCGCUGACUGGAUACUUUCACAAACAAGUCGUAGUGCCUGAAGACCUGGACAAUAUCUCCGACGAAAUCUUAAGGCAUAAUGACACAGCUUGGUACCUGGAAAAGGUAGCGCAACGGGUUCACAUACGACUUCAAAGGGACAGUAUGGGGAAGUUGGAGUUUGCAAGAGAGUCCUGA